GGCGAGAUAUACGCUUCUUUUUAAUAGUAGUCAAGCAAAAAUUUCAUCAAAACCGGACAUAAAAUAUACCCGAAAUCUAUAUUCACAGUUUUCAGACUCGUUUUUACUCUCUCAAAACUUUCAUUAAUUCUUACUUUUUUUACAUUACCCAUGAUAUACACAACAUUUAAAUGCUAUUCCACAAAAAAAAACAUCAAAAACGGACAAGAAUAACCUGUUUAUGAAGCUUCAAAUUCGCCAAUGGAGAGUGAGGAAGGAGAGCUUCACGCGGAGAAAGAGGGAAACUUGAAGACAUGUGGGCCAGGUCUUCUCUGAUUGGUUAAGGUUGUCUCUGGUGGGCCAUCUUGGUUGUUGGUUUAUUUAAGUGAAGAAAUAAAUGAGUUAAUGAGGUGGAAGAAAUAUAUUAAAGAAAUGAGAGGCUAAUUUGGUAUUUGCAAUGACAAUGGGGGUAUUGAGAAUAGAGAGGGGAUAUGAAGGUUAGUUUUUUUCUCAUGAGGGCAUCUGGAGUUAAAGUCUAAGUCCAGAGGAUAUUUAUUUUGUUAUGACUCUCUGUUCACCCACUCUCAGUUCUAGGGUUUCUAUUUUCCGACAAUGCCAAUGAAGAAAGGCGAUGAGAUUGAAGUCUCCUCACACGAAGAAGGUCUUAAAGGGUCUUGGUUCAGAGCCAUUCUUGAAACCUCUGUGCCUGUAUUUGGAAACAUAAGGCUUCAUGUGUCUUUCCUAUCGGACGAUGGCUCCAAUACUCGGAAAAUCACUUACCGGAGGUAUAUCCGUCCGGUUCCGCCGGAAAAUCUGUUCACGGAGGUGGAUUUCAAGGAAGGGUGUGUGGUGGAGGCGUCUCAGAGAGGUGGGUGGUGGACCGGUGUGUUUUUCAAGAAGAUAAGACCAUGAGAAAGCUUGGGUUUACUUCAAUUCACCACCGGAUCUGUUCCAGAUCAAGACAGAACAGCUCAGAGAGCAUUUUGACAGAGUCACGUGUGGGACAGACCACGAAAGAAGAGAUUUCUAUAUAAGACAUUAACAUUUAGCUGUGGAACCAUGGUGGAAGUGAAUGACACGGAUGAUGAUGAUGAGGUUGAUGUGUGGGUACCAUCGGUGAUUGUUAAGGUGAUGGGGGAUAAGAAGAGUUUCAUUGUCAAGCCUUUCAAGCACAUUAGCUGGGAUGAUGGUGAAACACCAAAACCAAACAGGACCGUUGGUUUAAGCAGCAUUAGGCUCACACCAGUCCAUGUUUCUGUUGAAAGAAGCUAUGGAUUGAUGGAGUCUGUUGAAGUGUUUCUUGAACCGGGAUGGCGUUCAGGGACGGUGACGAGUCUCCUCUGUGAGAAUAGGUACACUGUGUGUUUGAAUGCUACUAACGAGUCUUUGGUGUUCAAACACGAUGCUCUAAGGCCUUCAGGGGAGUCAAUAACCACACUGGUCUUGCAAAACACUAGUGAAGUAAAUGCUGCCAUCACUCCUCAAAUGUCUCUGAGCUCUGGGGAAAAUGGAGAGAAAGAGCUCAGUGAAACUGCAACUGAAUCAGUUUCAUCUCUAGCCCCUUCCCCGGCCAGAUCUGCGGGAACUGAGGAAAUCUCUGUUCAGCCGGAGAGCAGCGGAGAAGUUAACAACAAUCAAAAGAGGAAAAGAGAACAUAACCUUAGUUCUUCUACUCCUGGUGUUGAGGCCACAACCAUGGUUUUGCCUUUUGCGAAAAAGUCACAUCUCUGGAAGGAACUUGAAACAAUGGAAGUCUUCUAGAGAGCACCACCACAAAAUCCUCAUUUAAGCCUAGUGGUUGGGGAAAGUGAAGAACUUUAAGGUUAUUGGAGAACUUUAAGGAUCUUGAACCUGACGUUUCCAUGAGCCAACUAGAUAGCCUCAAGGUUUCCUUCGCCGAGCUAGAGAAACAUGGUUUCGAUGUUUCAGCGCCCCUGGCAAGGAUCAACAAACUGGUGGCUCUUAAAGAUACACAACUAAAGAAAAUGGAGGAGCAAAACGGUUUCAAUAGAAAGAUAAUGGCUCUGAAAGAAGAUUUUGGUGAAAAUGGAACACAGGAUUCUUGA